AUGGCCCAUGGUCUCCGUAUCAUUAGUCAUGCCCAAACGGGGGUAGUCCUCGUGAAUCUCAGCAGCGACACCGCGAGGUUGGUUAUCAUCGACAUAGCCGUCCGAAACGCUUUCAAUUAUCCGUACCUGGUUGACCAGCUGUUGGCAAUAUCCGCCGAUCAUCUAGCCAUCUUAAAUCCGGACCAGGCUCUCGAUUACCAACGUUUAGCCCUGGAGUUCCAAACUCGCGCUUUGACUACGCUUAACCACGAGGCUCAAGGUAUGACGCAAGAGAUGGCUGAGAAGGAUCUGAUUCCACGAAUCCUCCAUUCUUUCCUCUUGAGCCUCCAUGUUCUUUACCUCACGUUUACGAGGGACCGCGACACCUACGACUUGUUCAUUCAGAAGUUUGUUAAGGCCGUCCAUCUGUCCCGAGGACUUGGGACUCUCGCUGGCCUGAACUACAGCCUUGCCGUUGAUUCUCCCCUCGGUCCUCUUUUGGCUAUGGUCCAUGAUGCCGGUAUCUCUGAACCCACCGGGACAGAGUGCACUAGGCUUGUCGAGUUCAUUGACUCGUCCGACGCUGGCUCUACGACAACUUCCAGCUGCAGAGAUGCCGCUCGGAAGCUCCAGUGGGCAUUUGACAUGCACGCUACCUUGACGGGGGAGCAGCGUGCCCUAACAGCAGUGAUGUAUCCGGCUCUGCUGACCGAGGAAUACAUAACUGCUCUGCAGAAAUGUCGCCUAGAAGCCCUCGUGACCCUAGCACAUUAUGGCAUCCUUCUCCACCUGUGUCGUCACAUUUGGGUCUUUGGUGAUGCUGGGGAGUUUCUGAUUGGACUUAUUGCUCGGCGCCUAGGGCCUUCGUGGCAUGAGGCACUGAAAUGGCCUUUGGAGGUUGUGGCGUCGGAAGCAUGUCAAAGUUGA